GCCAGCUAAUAGGACACUUCUUGUUCAUUCAAUGCUAUUGCAAUUAUGGCCUAACUAAAACUACUGCAUGUGCAUAUAGAUCAGAAGUUAGUAAGGUUGUGUACUGGUGACUAUUCUGUUAUACAUUUGACUUAUAUAAUAUUUUAACCUUUUGUCGGAGUGAUUAGUCAUUCCUUAGAUGUGAACACAAAUAUGUGUAGGUAAUGACUGCUUUAAUAUAACUGGAUAUUGAAAGAUUGAUAAACAUUUUUUGUAAUAUUCUGCAUUUGUAUUAAUCAUUUUUAAUGGUUAGUAAGAAGGAGUAGAGAUGUUAAUGGUGUUAUAAAUUUUUGUUUCAAACAUUGAGUAUUGUGAUUGUGGACAAACUGUGUAUUUGUAUUUUGAACAGCACACAGACUGCUUUAUGUAUUAAAUAUAACAGUAAAUUGAACAUAGAUAUUUUAUUAUGAAGCAAGCUGUGGACUAUUUGUGGUUUAUAAGAUGGUAUUUGAUUAAAAGAAGGGAGAAGAUACAAAAUUGAAAUUAUUUCUUUACGUAAAGAGGGCAAAAACCAACAAACUGUUAUAGAAAGUCUACUUUUACUUUGUAUUAGAAGCCAGAGAUUCAUUAGAAAUAUAGAAAGUAAAUAACAAAUAAUCUCUAUACGAGGCAACACCACCACUAAAGGGAAAGAAUGGCUUUAAGAAAUGAGGCACAAUAUAUGUAGACAAAAGAUUGUUUUGAUUUCUGGUCUUCCCAAACUCUUGCCAAACCUUCAAAAAUAUUAAUGGUAUGUGAAUUUCAAAGUUUGAUUUCAAGUCUUUCAUAAUCAAGUGCUUCCAGUGAUAAUUAGAUAUGGUCUAAAAGGUGAUUACGACGAUCUAUUCUGCUCUCUAAUUUCUUACAGACAAUUUCUGAUCGAGACGUAUGAUUUAAAUCUGAGGAUCUGUGUCUAUUUAAAUGAAAUUGUUUUGCAGUUGAAUAAGUAUAAGGUCUAUGUGGCUCGUUCAGACAAAUGAUUUUAUAAAUUGGUCAAUUGAUCCAAAAUUAUACGAACAGCAAUUACCCAAAAUAUUAGAGAAAUAUUGAGCGUUAUAUUUUGUUCAAAAUUUGGUCUUCUCAGAUGGUCUGCAUGAUUAUUGAUAACAUUAAAAACAAAAUAACUUAAGAACAGUCUGUUGUGUAAUGAGGAGUAUAGACCUGCAUAUAUUAAAAAAUUGUUGGCAGUUAGUGGACAGAUGCACUAAUAGUAUACAGAAACCUAUGUAAGACUAAACACCACACUUAAAGGAAGAGCAACCUAUUUUCAUCAUUAUAUAAGUCCUGAAUUAUCACAGAGUGGGAAAACUGCAAAGGAAAGUGAUGAAAGACCAUUGAGAUAGCAAAUAAGCAGCUAAUGAACUCAAUACUUUGAAAAUUUUACAACUUUUUUUUAAGAGUAAAAAAAACAAAUCUAGUUUAAAAGAUAAAUGCAUUUAGAAAUGUGUUGAAGCAGGUCCGUUUCUAAAAAUGUAAGUGAUAAAUCUCAGUAUUGUGGGUGUGCUGUUCGCUUACAUCAAUAGUAUUGUUUUUAAUGAGAGUGCUAUUUGUUCACAUGGAGAGAAAUCUGUAAGAGUCAUUUUACCCUAGCUUAGUUUACUUGUUGUAUAUCUGUGUAUAUAAUGCCAUUGCUACCAUUUGACUGCAUUUGCGUGGUUGUAGACAACCAGAGCUAUACACACGUGAAGUGUUCUUGGACUAAAGGAUGCCGCUAGUUGUUAAUGGUGUGGAAAAUUUGCCAAAAGUGUUUCUGCCUCUUAAACUAAAUCCAGAAUAUUAUCAAGAAUUUAUUUCUUCUUGUGAAUUCCUGUUAAAAUAGAGUGAGCAGUUUAUUUUUAGUUUUUUUGGAAUAAAGUUGUGUUUUUCUUGGAUAAAGAUUUGAAGAUCUGCUGGUGAAUCGAAAAUGUGUAGAUUUGAAGAACAAGUGAUAUUAUCAGGAGUACUGUUGAUUUUAUAUCUUUCUCCAGGAUUUUAUACACAACAAAAUGAUUGUCAUUCAACGAUAUCCAGUAUACAUGAUGCACAUAAAAACGGCACAUUCCAUUCACCGCAGUGGCCCAAUCCUUAUCCUAAUAAUGUUCACUGUACAUAUAAAUUCAUUGGUAGAGAAAAUGAAAGAAUUCGCAUUAAAUUCACAUCAUUCAAUUUACAAGGCAGAUCACCUAUAUGUGAUCAUGAUUACUUAGACAUUUUCUCUCAACUUAAAUCCCAUGAUGAAGAUUUAUUAGAGGCAGAAUUAACGGGUAGAUUCUGUGGUGAAGCAACAGACAAUUUACCUAAAUUAGUAGUUUCAGGAAAUAAUGUGUUAGUUUUAUCAUUCUUUACUGAUUCUACCAAAAAUUAUGCAGGAUUUUGUGGAAAUUAUGAAUUUUUUGAUGCAUAUGAGGGAACAAGUGAUACUAUGUAUGAUAUAGGAACAAAAGCCCCACCUAUGGCAUGUGGCUAUACAAUACGUAGUGAAGCUAGAAGUAAAGGCUAUAUAAUAUCUCCCACCUACCCCGGAAUGUAUCCAGAUAAUAUGUAUUGCUAUUAUAAAUUUCAAGGGAAACCAGGACAAAGAAUAAAAUUAAUUUUUACAGAUUUUUCUCUCUUCCAUGGUGAUGAAUAUUGUCCAUUUGAUUAUUUAAAGAUAUAUGAUGGAUAUACAAAUGAUUCACCAGUUAUAGGAACAUUUUGUGGAAAAUAUAAUCAUACUGUUUUAUACUCUACAAGUGAAGCAUUACAUUUAGAAUUUGUGACAACUCAAGGACGUUUAGUUUUUGGUAAAACGCCUUUAGAAGCUGAAGCAGACUUUAGUUUUGACAGGAGGGGAUUUAAUAUAACUUAUGAAUUUAGUGAUAAUUUUGUUAAUUUAGAUUAUAUUGGCCAAGAUGCUGAACAUAUAUUAGGAACAGAAUGUGAUCAACGAAUUUUAAGUAAAAAAGAAUCCAAUGGUACAAUUACCUCCCCUGGUUACCCAGAAUCCUUCCCCCAGAAUAUAACCUGUCGAUAUUAUCUUGACGGAUUAAUGGAUCGUCAAAAUUUAGAAAAAGCCAGAAUAACAUUUUUUGACUUUAAUAUACCAGGAAAUAUGCCUUAUUGUAUGAUUGGCUAUGUUGGGUUAAACGAUGAUAGUCGAUAUGGUAAGGGUGAUGUAAAAGAGAAGUUUUGUGGAUCGUUGUUACCUCCUGCUUUAAGUAGUUCUGGUCCGCGUCUAGUUUUAACAUUAGAUACACAUGGUGCUGUACGAGGUGGAAGAUUUCUAGCACGCUAUAACUUUGUUACAGAUUAUGCUAUAUCUGGUUUACCUAUAGCUGAAGGACAAUGUAGUUAUUUAUAUGAUAGUUCUAAAACACAAUCAGGAGUAUUUAACUCACCUCGUCACCCGGGCAACUACCCUGAAGAUCUAGAUUGUGUUUAUAUAUUCCGACCCCAGGGUGAUGCCAAAAUACUUUUAUCAUUUGAUGUUUUCUCUUUACCAGCAACAGAUAAUAUGCUGUGUAGAGGAACAGAUUACGUUGAAUUUUAUGAAGAAACCGACAUUCGUAAUAAUUUUACUUCCAUUGUAAGAUAUUGUUCUGGUCAUUUUCCCGCUCCUUUCAUAUCACAUCGAGUUGUUAAAUUAUUAUUCCAUUCAGAUUCCACACAAAGUACCAUGGGUUUUAAAGCAACUUUUCAAUUUGUUAGAGAUGGAGAUAUGAAUACAAAAUGUGGUAAAAUUAUUCCUAGUGGAGGUAGCGGAGGGUUAAUAGAGAGUCCAAACUUUCCGCGUAAAUAUAAAUCUAAUACAUACUGUGAAUGGGAAGUACGAGCUAGUAAAAAAACUAAUAGAAUCAUGUUACAGAUAGCUUACUUUGGUAUAGAGGGUAAUAUGGCUACUACAGGGUGUGUUAAUACUGCUGUUCGUAUUUAUCAAGAUGAUGAAAAUCUCAGGCCACAAGUAGAACUAUGUGGUAAUCUAGGUCCAGAAAAUGUCUUUGUAUCAAAUAAAGAUAUUAUAAAAAUUAGUUUUUUAAGUUCACCUAAAGCAUUAGGUGGAAAAGGGUUUAAACUGUCGUGGACAGAACUUUACACAGCAGAUAAUUGUUUUGGUUUUACUUGUGCUGUAAAUAAAUUGUGUAUAUCAUCAUCAUUAACGUGUAACGAUUUACCUAACUGUGGCAGGGAUGAUGACUCAGAUGAAGUCACAGAAUGUCCUGUUACUGCAGGUAUCCAGAUAUUACAUAUAGCCAUAGGCACCUCCAUAUCUUCUUUUUUCUGUAUAAUAUUAUUAAUAUGUGGGUUUUACCACAGAAGAAAGUUUCGUACAGAACGCCCACCAGAUGAUCAUGAUCAUGUAGAAGUUAGAUAUGUUUCGGCGCCAUCAGGAUGUAAUACAACUGAUAGACUUUUAAUGGAGGAAAAUCGCACAGGGAGUCCUCGAUGCCAAAAGGUCUCUAUGGUUUGAUAUUAGCGUUAUUAGUUCCUUUAACCCUUUAAAUUGAAAACUAAACACUGCUGAGGACUAUAUAUGUGUCAUUAUUCAUGUAGAGCUCUCGAUUAUUUUAUCAAAUCAAGAAAAUUGUACUGUGUUCAUUCAUUGUACCUUAUUGACCAAAGAUCACUUCAUUUUCUCUUUUCAAUGUUUUAUUUAUACAUGUAGUAUUAUGUCCUGCUCUUUUUGAAUAUAUUCUUUAGUUGAGAUGGCGACUCAACACUUGAGUCCAGAAAGUCCUGUGAUCGAUCCCAGCAUCGUUUCCACUUGUUAGUGGUGCAGGAUGGUGGGCCUGGAGAUAAACAGUGUCUAGUCCAAUGAUUCUCAACCAGUAUGCUGCGGCACACAGGUGUGCUGCGAAAUUUUGAACGGCACAAAAAGAAUAUGUGAAAAGCCCAUUGAUCCCAAUUAAGUGUUCACUGGUGUCUACUGGAACGUUCAUAGCUGUGUCAUUCUAUGUUUCUAUGACUAGUCUGUGUCUACGGUUGUAUGCCGUCUAUGACUUGCCAUGUUUUUAUUUUGCAAAAUUCAGAUAUUUUUCAUAUAUAUUUAGCCAGGUGUGCCGCUGUUUUUUUCAUGUGUUCCAAGGUGUGCUGUUGCCAAAAGAGGGUUGAGAACCACUGGUCUAGUCAUUCACAAGUCCUAUGUACACAAAUUUGUGCAUGUAAAAGAACCCUUGUCAGAUUGAAUUCGAAUAAGAGUAGGUUGAAACGCGACUGUCUAGGUAAAAUUCCAUUCAUAGCACACUGUAUGAAAUAUCUUUCAUCUUCAUUACUCCAGUUGGCACAGAAAAGAGUCACAGACAUUAAAUUACAUUUCAUUUCAGUAGGUUCAUUUUCAAGAAUAUUGGUCCCAGAUGUCAUUUGAUGUUUUUAAUAUUUUAUAAAUAUUCAUUUUCAUAGUGCAGAUGACUCAAUACAAGUGUUCUUAUUUAAAGGGUUAAAGUGUUUAAAUUGGCAGCAUGAUAUGAAUGUGUACACUAUAGAGUUAAAUGUUACUAGAUAAAGGGCUUGUAUAAUAAACUGCCGUAAUAUUAUAAGAUAUUCUCGAUACCAUUGCAAAUUAUUUGUUUGACUAUUCUCGGUGUCAUCUUAAAUUCUGUUUGCAUCUUUUCUUUUAUUAAACAAGCCCUUCAGAGGACAUCGUAAUAUAUGUAUGUGAUAAUAUUUGGGUGAUGUCAGUGCCAUUUAUGCAUUAUUCAAAUUAUUAAUGUUAUCAUCCAUGUUAUUUAUUAUGUAAAAUAGUGUAAUAUACAAUUUCUGUUUUUCUAGUACAUGUAUAUGUUUUACUUACAUCUUAAAGUUUAGUGCUACAAACCCGAACGACAAUAUUUUGCAAAAUUUUAAUGUUGUUUUUAAAUGUACAUAUAGCAUAUAGUAUUUGAUUGUCAAACAAAUGUAAUUACUUAAAUUAUUAAAACUGCUUGAUAAUAUCUAUUGUUAACUAAGUUUUAUUUGUGAAUAUUGAAUUAGAUGUUUAUGUGUUUGAUGCAUAAUGAUAAUAAUUAUGCCAUGAUUAUGAUGAUUGUCUCCAAAGACUUAACUGCCAACCUGUUUUAUAUUUAUCUUUUUUUUUUCACUUCUUUUUCCCAUAUUUAUUUCAUUUUGUAGUGUUUUAGAGUAUGUUAAUGUUAAUUAAAUAUAUUGAAUGAAUGAAUGAAUGACUAAAUGUUCUGGCUGAAAUAUUAUUUGAAUAAAUUUGUAAAUUAAAAUUAACUUAAUUGUAUUAUAAAAAUGAAGAAAUAUUAAAAAUAAAA